UUUGGUUAGAACUCACUUGUCUACCAGUCUUCAUCACACGAUUCACCAGCAAACACAUUCUCUCCUUAACUCCACCGUCCACAUUUCCCCAGUCUCCAAAAUAUAUUUUCAUCCCUAUAAAUAAACCUCUUAACCUUCUCCUUCUCACCCAUCACACAAUCCUCUCAAACCAGAGAAAAGAAAAAACCAUAGCAUUCUAAGAAUCUUCAAGAAAAAUGGCGAAUACACAGAUUAUUCCACAACAAGUAACCAACGACGACGACGAACAACUGGCUCUCUACGCCAUGCAGCUAGCCAGCGCCUCCGUUCUUCCGAUGGUUUUAAAAACGGCGUUAGACCUCGAUCUUCUCGAGAUCAUCAAGAAGUCUUCUCCGAUUUCUUCGAAUGACAUUGCUUCUCAACUUUCGACCACAAAUACCAACGCUCCGGCCAUGCUCGACCGUAUUCUCCGUCUUCUUACGUCUCACUCCAUCCUCAUCUGCUCCAGCGGAGAGGGCGUCGAGAAGACUUACCAGCUUGGCCCGGUUUGCAAGUAUUUGACCAAGAACGAAGACGGUGUCUCGUUUGCUGCUCUUUGUCGUAUGAACCAAGACGAGGUUCUCAUGAAAAGCUGGUACUAUUUGAAAGAUGCAAUUCGUAAAGAUGGCAUUCCAUUCAACAUGGCUUAUGGAAAGAGCUCUUUCGAGUACUACACGAACGACUUUAACUUCAACACGGUCUUCAACAAUGGAAUGUAUAAUCAUUCAACCAUCACCAUGAAGAAGAUUCUGGAGACCUAUCAGGGUUUUGAGGGAUUGACUUCUUUGGUUGAUGUUGGUGGUGGCACUGGUGCUGCUCUCAAAAUGAUUCUCUCUAAAUACCCUGACCUUGAGGGCAUCAACUUUGAUCUCAAAGAUGUCAUCAAAGGAGCUAGUUAUCAUCCCCAUAUCAAAAAUGAAGGAGGAGAUAUGUUUGAAGGAGUCCCUAAAGGUGAUGCAAUUUUCAUGAAGUGGAUAUGCCACGACUGGAGCGACGAAAAGUGCGUGGAACUCUUGUUGAACUGCUACAAGGCGCUUCCAAAGGAUGGAAAAGUAAUAUUAGCAGAGUUUCUACUUCCGGAGACAAUAGACACAAGCCUCUCGACCCAACAAGUUGUCCAUGUCGAUUGCAUUAUGAUGGCUCACAAUCCUGGAGGUAAAGAACGGACCGAGAAAGAGUUCGAGGAAUUAGCUAAUAAAUCAGGCUUCAAAGGCAUCAAAGUUGUUUGCAACGCUUUCGGGAUUUACAUUAUUGAGUUGCUCAAGAAGAUCGACUAAAAUCACACACACCAAAGUUCAUUUCAUGAAGAGUUUAUCCUCUCAUGUCUAUCUCUAGUUCACCACCUUACCUUAUGAUGCUUAAUAAUGGUUUACUAGCUAAGAGACUCAUCUAGAGUUUCAUUUAUCUGAUUAUUAAUGUGUGAAAAAAAAUUAUGUGUUUGAAGAAAAAUAUUAAGAUUGAAUCAAGUAAAAAAUCU